AAAAAUUAAUUUUUUAAGGGUGUUAGUAAGUGUUUGAGAGUGUUACUCAUAACCUUCCUAACACCUAUAUUUACCAUUUUUUAAACACUCCAAUUUGGGGUGUAAUGAAGUGUUGGACAACUUUUGCCCUUAUUUCAAAAAUAUAAUUCAACGUUACACAAGUUCUCUGUCCAUUCUUCUUCCGCAGCAGAGAGAGUCGGUUCACCUCUUGCAGCUCAUCUUCCAACUUCUUCCAGCUCGUUUUCCAGGAUGACCGGUAGAAGGAUUGAAUUAAAAGAUUUGUAUAAAUUGACUCGAAUGCGACAUUUAGCUAUAGCGAAAGUCAUAUGCAUUGUUAUGUAUUGGGUUGGAUUGCGAAGACGGAACAGUGUGAAUCGUGUAUUGUCAUUGGAGGGAGAAAGGGUAAGGACUAUACUGUUCGAUAGAGUUGUAACUCAUGAUUCAGGACCUGGUAUUGUACGAUUGAGCGCAGAAGCAUUCGUAGGACUUUGUGAUAUCUUAGUUAGAUAUGGUGGUCUUCGACCCACAAUACGAGUUAGCGUUGAAGAACAGGUAGCAAAAGCCCUAUAUGUGUUGGCACAUGGUGUGACCAAUCGGGCGUUACGUUUCUUUUUUGAUCGGUCUAAAGAAACAAAUAGUCGUCAUUUUCAUAACGUCUUGAGAGCUAUUUUAGAAGUGGAAGACAGAUUUCUCAUACAACCAAAUGGAUUUGAAGUUCCUGAAGAAAUAUUCAACAACUCCCGAUACUAUCCUUUUUUAAGGUGAUUUUUAUUUUAUUUGAACAGUAUAUAUAGCACUACUACAAAAUCAAACUACUAAAUUAAAUUUACAAUGUCAGGAUUGUGUUGGGGCUAUAGAUGGAACACACAUUCAUGUAAAAGUGUCUCCUAAUGAAGCUCCUAGAUAUCGUGGUAGAAAAGAUAAACCUACAGUAAAUGUUUUGGCUGCAUGUUCAUUUGAUUUGAAAUUCACAUAUGUGUUAGCUGGAUGGGAGGGUACGACAUCUGACUCUAGAAUAAUCAAAGAUGCAUUAACAAGAGAAUAUUUAAAGUAUAACUUUUUGUAAGUGUAUUUUGAGUAAUUUGAAAUAUAAAAAUUUAUAUGAUCAAUUUAUACUGUUUUAGGAAAAUAUUAUCUUGUUGAUGCGGGAUUCAUGUUGAAACGUUGUCUUAUAUUUUUAGCACUUGUAGAAUAAAAUAUUUUAAUGUAGAAUAUUUUAAUUUUAUCAUAUUGCAAUUUUUGAGCAUUUAGGUGGAGAAUGUAUUAUUAUAUAUAGACUUAUAGUUAAUAUUAACACUUGAGGAUAUUUUUGUCAAUUUAUGUGAAAACACUUCCAUUACUAACACUUCAAUUUUUUAGCUCUCCCAAAUAAGGUAAGGUUAUGUUUAACACUUACAUUUACCUUCCUUUCCGGGCCGUUACUAACAUUUACUAACGCUUCCAUUACUAACACCCGCUAACACUCUAUCCAAACAGGCCUUUAGGCUAGAUAACUACGGAGUAUAUUCGAUAGGUUCUGUGGCUCCCAGUAUUGCGGUGUCAUCUUAUUUUUAGGGUUAUCACUUAUCAGCGUUAGAGUCAUUCGACUCCUUCCAGACUCCAGACAAACCGCAUGUGAAGAAAUCGCCGAUGAGUUCGCCCAGACUUCCGAUAGACUUCCGCUGGUAAAGAAACCCCACUGUGAGUUCGCCCAGACUUCCGUUCGCCCAGAAAUCGCUGGUAGCCGCAGCCUUGAUGCCUUCACGUAUCCAUUAGAACAGGUUCGCAUAUUUUUCUCAUCUCGAAUCCAUACUUUCUUUACCGUCACUGGUCAACACUUUAGCUGUGUUCGAAGUCCCGCCUGUAUUGCCAUGGAAGGAGGACCAUCGCGAUCUCGCAAGCGUUCUUUCAAGGACUCUGGAGAUGAUGGCUCCGAAAACCCCUCUGGGGAAAAGAGGUUAAGGCUCCCUAAAGGAAAAAAGUUAAAGCAUGGGGAUUACGUCGGGAAUAGAAACGAAGAAUUACCUAGUGGAUUGAAUCCCCGUCUUGCAGCAAGAGAGCGUGCAAUGCGCAGAAAUAAAAUCACCGCUGAACUCCUUGAGGAAGAAAGUAUAGGAUUGAUUCCCAACAUUGAGCUAGCUGAAGAGAAUUAUGAGGAAGAUGAAUCAUUCAUUGAUGAUGGAAUCCAGAUUGAACCUUUUAAUCUUGCAAAAGAGAGGGAAGAAGGUUAUUUUGAUGCCAAUGGGAACUAUGUUGAAUAUGCUCAUGAACGUGAUGUCAAGGAUGCAUGGCUUGAUAGCAUUGACGUUCAUCCAAAAGCUGCUGGAAAGGCAAAAGUUGCAACCAUAGAAGAUGACGCACCCGAACUUACAUCAAAAGAGCUCGGGAAGAUGAAGAGGCGAAUUGCUGAUGUUCUUGAUCCAGGGGAGACAGUUUUGCAAGCACUACGGAGGUUAAAAGGCACUUCAAAAAACAAGGAGAAAAUGACAACGGAAAAGAAACAGGUUUUUGAUCAGCUAACAGAAGAUGCCAUGAAGCUGAUGGAGAAUGGCGAUUACAAUGUCUAUGACGAAAGGCAAGAGAGUUUCCAGCGUGAAGCAGAGGGAUAUGAGAGGCUAACUCAAGCCAAAGCACUGGGUACAUCUAUGGAGUUGAAGAAUAAUACUUCUAGCAGUGUCUUUGAUGACAAUUGUAUUCCCACAGAAGGUCCAUCAAAUGCCAAUGCAUCCACUUUUAUAGGCAACGGUGAGGAUGAUUCUUAUGACAUGUUCACUGAGGAUGACGGAACCCCUCUCACUACUACUAACCAUGCCUCAAAUGAGGGUGGUCAGGAAAAUGACUAUGUGUAUGAUGAGUCAUCUGGCUAUUACUAUAGUGUCAAUUUGGGCUACUAUUACGACCCUUCAUCAGGACUGUAUUGCAAUGCUGCUUCAGGAAAAUGGUAUUCCUAUGAUGCAGAAACUGGCAAGUAUGAGGAGAUCCAGCAAGCUGACACCAAUAUGAGCUAAGUAGAGUAUGAUUCUAAACAGUACUAAGCCACUACUGUGGCAUGUGAUGUGGAUGAUGCAAAUGUGAUUUUAUUUACUAGUACAUGUUUGAGCAAUGAGAGGUAUUUUAUUGUCUUGAAAGAAAUAUACUAAACAGAGCAUUUUCAAGUGUGUGUGUAUGUGUCUUAUAUAUGCGAUAAACGGAGAAAACAUUUCCGGCUAAAGGUCGCUUGUGACAUGAAUUUGGAGUAAUAUCUUAACUUUGGAUUAUUGGUUAA